UGUUGUUGUGAAGCCUAGAGACACGUGAGGUACUGCUACGUCAUCACCAGGCCGGCGCCGGAAACAUGGCGGCGGCGGGCGCUGUGAGCGGGAAGAUUAUAUUUGAACAGGAAGGGGUUUAUAUUCACUCAUCUUGUGGUAAGACCAAUGAUCAAGACAGUUUAAUUUCAGGAAUAUUACGUGUUUUAGAAAAGGAUACUGAAGUAAUAGUGGACUGGAGACCAUUGGAUGAUGCAUUGGAUUCUUCUAGUAUUCUCUGUGCUGGAAAGGACUCCAGUUCCGUUGUAGAAUGGACCCCGGUCCCUAAAGAAAGAUCUCAUCGAGGAUCAGAACAUCUAAGCAAUUAUGAAGCAGAGUGGGACAUGGUUAAUACUGUCUCAUUUAAAAAGAAACCACAUACUACUGGAGAUGCUCCAAGUCAUAGAAAUGGGAAAAGCAAAUGGUCAUUCCUGUUCAGUUUGACAGACCUGAAAUCAAUCAAGCAAAACAAAGAGGGUAUGGGCUGGUCCUAUUUGGUAUUCUGUCUAAAGGAUGACGUCGUUCUCCCUGCUCUGCAUUUUCAUCAAGGAGAUAGCAAACUACUGAUUGAAUCUCUUGAAAAAUAUGUGGUAUUGUGUGAAUCUCCACAAGAUAAAAGAACACUUCUUGUGAACUGUCAGAAUAAGAGUCUUUCACAGUCUUUUGAAAAUCUUCUUGAUGAGCCAGCCUAUGGCUUAAUACAAACAGGACUGCUUCACAGAAGAAAGCUGUUGUGGGCCAUUCACCACUGGGAAAAAAUUAAAAAGGAUCCUUAUACAGCAACUAUGGUAGGAUUUUCCAAAGUCACAAACUACAUUUUUGACAGUUUGAGAGGCAGCGAUCCUACUACACAACAGCGACCAGCUUCAGAAAUGGCUGAUUUCCUUAGUGAUGCUAUUCCAGGUCUAAAGAUAAAUCAACAGGAAGAACCAGGAUUUGAAGUUAUCACAAGAAUUGACUUGGGAGAGCGACCUGUUGUUCAAAGGAGAGAGCCAAUAUCAUUGGAAGAAUGGACUAAGAACAUUGAUUCUGAAGGAAGAAUUUUAAAUGUAGAUAACAUGAAGGAGAUGAUAUUUAGAGGGGGACUAAGUCAUUCGCUGAGAAAGCAAGCAUGGAAAUUUCUUCUGGGUUAUUUUCCUUGGGACAGUACUAAGGAAGAAAGAACUAAAUUACAAAAACAAAAAACUGAUGAAUACUUCAGGAUGAAACUACAGUGGAAGUCUGUCAGUGAGGAACAAGAGAAGAGAAAUUCAAGGUUAAGAGAUUACAGAAGUCUUAUCGAAAAAGAUGUUAACAGAACAGAUCGAACCAACAAAUUUUAUGAAGGUCAAGAUAAUCCAGGGUUGAUUUUACUUCAUGACAUUUUGAUGACCUAUUGUAUGUAUGAUUUUGAUUUAGGAUAUGUGCAAGGAAUGAGUGACUUACUUUCCCCUCUUUUAUAUGUGAUGGAAAAUGAAGUAGAUGCCUUUUGGUGCUUUGCGGCUUACAUGGAACAAAUGCAUCAAAACUUUGAAGAACAAAUGCAAGGCAUGAAGACUCAGUUAAUUCAGCUGAGUACCUUACUUCGAUUAUUGGACAGUGGAUUUUGUAGUUACUUAGAAUCUCAAGACUCUGGAUACCUGUAUUUUUGCUUCAGAUGGCUAUUAAUCAGAUUUAAAAGGGAAUUUAGUUUUCUAGAUAUUCUCCGAUUGUGGGAGGUAAUGUGGACUGAACUACCAUGCAAAAAUUUCCAUCUCCUUCUCUGUUGUGCUAUUUUGGAAUCAGAAAAGCAGCAAAUAAUGGAAAAACAUUAUGGCUUUAAUGAAAUACUUAAGCAUAUCAAUGAAUUGUCCAUGAAAAUUGAUGUGGAAGAUAUACUUUGUAAGGCAGAAGCAAUUUCUCUACAGAUGUUAAAAUGCAAGGAACUACCACAAGCAGUCUGUCAGAUCCUGGGGCUUCAGGACAGUGAAGUUACAACACCAGAUUCAGACACUGGUGAAGAUGAAAAUACUGGCAUGACUGAUCCUACAUCUGCAUUUCAGAGUAGCACCUUGCCUGCCCUUGCUGCCAGUGGAGCUGUAGACGACAGACUAACACAGAUAUCAGUGCCCUCAAAUGUCAGCAGAUUAACACCUGCAUGAUCAUUUCUCUUGCCUUUUUUUUUUUUAAAGAGACACUUCAUUGAAACUCUUUUUCAAGUACUUGAAAAGUGGAUAUUUAAAAUCUUGGUAUUGAUCAUGCUUUAAGAUUUAUGGAAAGACAGUGUACUGGUGUUCUUGCAUUAAAGCUUUACAAAGUUUUAAACUAAUUAUUUUUGUAGUUACUUCUACCAAAUAGCCUUUCCCUUCAAUAACAUUCCUUACUAUUUUUAUAGCCAAGUACAUUUAUUUUCUUGCUGAUAAACUGGAAUUGGAUAAAUAUUACAAGUGGAUGAGUUGGAAAUUACGCACUUUGAAAAACAUUGUUUACUCUUUAGUAGGUUUGGAUUUGAUUAAAUUAAAUGUUGAGAGUUUAUAUAGCAUUCUAAGGUGAGAAGCAGAUUGUUAUUCAGUGAUGAAAUUAAAAAAAUGAAAAUUUUCUAUUGUUUACAAUAGUAUUCAGCUAAAAUAUUUAUGCGUUUGAAUGUGAUUUAAAUUGGACGUUUUCUUCAAUGCAAUUUAAUGUAUAGUUAACUAUUUCGACCAUGAUAAGUGGAUUGGCAGUAUAUUUUUUACAUUGGGCUUUUCUUCACUUGUAUAUAAGGACUAUAUAAAUACUAUUUAUGAGUAUAAGAAAGGAUAGGCAUAUUUUCUUUAAAUAAACUUGACUAUUGAUUUAUAUAACAUGAUUCUUCAAAAUUAGUACAUGGCUUCAGUAUGAGAUCUUUUUCAAAACUAUUUUCUUAACUGAAUAUUAAAUUCAUGAGACUACAGUCAGACCUUUUACCUGGUGUAAUUUUAAAAUUAACUGCUUGUAACCUUUUACUAAUAAUGUUUAUUAUCUUUCCUAAUAAUGCAUUAACUGAUAAUCAGGUUUUAAAGUUUUAUAAAAUACUCUUUGAAAAAAAUGUUAUGUCAAAAAUUUUAAGAUGCUAUCAUGAGUCUCAAAGUAAUACUUUUUUGUCUGUAUGAAGCUUUUUUUUUUUACCAUGCAGUAUUGCAUGAUUUGAAGUUAUGUGUAAUUAACAUAACUGAUUCCAUUUUAAUUGUAAUUUGUUAACUCUUGUACAUAUCAUUAAAAUAAACUUGAAGUUGAA